AUGUCAGAAAGCCAGAGUACGACUUUGUCGCCUACGGAGGUCCAGAGUGUGGAAUUACAGGAUACGGACACCCAAACACAUGUUUCCAGUUCAAAAUCCUCAAAUGAACCUAUCAAACUUGAUAUAGAACAUGCCGUGGUUGAAAAUGAUCCUCGAAUAUGGUCGAACGCGAAGAAGGCGCAAUACGUCAUGCAGAACGUUGUAUUGGUCAUCAUAUCUGGAGCAUCGAUGAUCGCGGGUUUGUGCGCGAAUAUACAAAACCCCGCCAAUGCCCAGAUUGAGCAGCAACUACACGCCAGCAGCGGGGACAUCAGCCUGAGUUUGUCGCUUUUCAUUCUCAUGCAAGGCAAUUGCCCUAUAAUUUGGAGCGCAAUUAGCGAGAUAAAGGGCCGCAAGAUGGUGUACCUUUGCUCUGUAGCACUAUUUACACUUGGAUCUGCAAUCGUGGCAGUAUCCAACACCAUUGGUUUGAUGAUCGGUAUGCGUAUUCUGCAAGGCGCAGGGUCAAGCGCGGUUAUCGCCAUCGGAGCCGCCACUCUGGCCGACAUAUACGAGCCACAUCAACGAGGAACAAUGAUGGGUGUCUACUAUUCUGCACCUCUCCUCGGUCCUUCAUUGGGGCCAAUUAUCGGUGGUGCACUCACGCAGGGCCUCGGCUGGCGGGCGAUUUUCUGGUUCCUAGUCAUCUGGGGAGGUAUGAUAUUUUCGGCAUUCCUUUUCUUAUUCAAGGACACCUUCCGGAAGGAAAGGAGUACGACGUACCAGAGUGUAUUGAAGAGGAGGCUCCGAGAGCAACAGUCGUCAGAAGCAAAGGACGAGCCACGAAAAAUUUCAGAGAAGGAAUCACAAAUGAAUGACGAAAAGCGGAUGGGUUCGAAGGACGUUGGAGCGCAGACAAGUCCGAAGGACAUCGAAGGACAGCCGACGGCCAUACCAGCAUCAGCCAUCAGAGAAGUAAAGCUGUCCAUUUCUGAUGUCAACCCUUUCCCUCCAUACCUAUCGAUUGUCAGCCGCAAGAACAACUUUGCUAUCUUGAUACCAUCAGGUUUGAUUUUUUCAUUUAGCAAUGGCAUUGCGUAUACAUGCGCAAGGACAUUGUCGAUGUAUUAUAAUUAUGAUGCUAUGAAGACUGGCCUCGUCUUGCUUGCAUUUGGUAUUGGCAGUGUAGCCGGCAGCAUAUUGGGUGGACGUUGGUCCGAUCGGACACUUGCCCGGCUAAAGGCAGCGAACGGAGGGAGCAGCUUUCCAGAGAUGCGCCUCGAGAGUACGAAAGUCGCCAUGGUAUGGUUACCUCUUUCUGUGAUUGGAUAUGCUUGGGUGUGCCAAGAACGGGUCAACGUCGCUGCGAUAUGUGUGAUGCUCUUCCUCGCAGGAUUUUCAUCUAUAUGGAUCUACACGAGCACCCUGGCAUACAUCGUCGAUGCAAACACUGGUCGCUCAUCAACGGCAGUAGCGGCCAACAGUUCUUUCCGCGGUCUGUUUGCUUUUGUUGCUGUUGAGAUUGCUGUUCCUCUACAGGAUAGUAUUGGUGACGGUGGUUUGUAUACGCUCUGGGCGGGACUGCUGGUCAUUGCUGAUUGUCUUAUCUUACUGGUGUUGUACAAAGGUAGGAAGUGGAGAGAAGCCAGUGUUGAGCGGGAGAAGCAGAAGCUGGAUGGCAAGUAGACGAUCAUCAUGACUUCCGAAGUUCCGAUGUACCAUAGAUGAGGAUAGAUAAUACUGUAUUAACAGAAUUAAUCGUUUCACUGCGAUUGAUGCACAACAGGCUCCAUCCGGAAGUACUGGGGUGUCGCGGAAUUGACGUCA